AUGACGGUGUCGAAGCAAGCGUACAGCGGGCCGAAAAAGCUCAUCAUAAGUUUUGACUUUGGCGUUACCUUUUGUGAGUGGACGACACAUCUCAUUCGCGCAAAGGCAUGACUUGAAGCUGACUCAUUUGCGGCAAGCGUAGCUGGCGCCGCAGUAUGUCUGUUACAAUCAGGGCUAGUGCCACAGCCCAAAGCUGUCAUUCCUUGGCCCGGUGAGUAGGUCGAACGAUGUUCUGAAUGAGUGUUCGAUCACUAACGAGAGGUGUUGCAACGGCCAGGCGCUGGCGGAGCAAGGUUCCCAUCCUUGAUGUAUUACGGGGCCGGUGGUCAGCUUCGAGGGUAUGGUCCAGCCAGAAAAGUGGAGGGCCCUGACUUUGCAAAAUCGUUGAAGACUGGGAGUGUGAUCGAAACCUCUAAGUGGAAACUCUUAUUGUGCGUGCGCUCGUUCGCGCUUUACUGUCAGUAUUGACGCUUGCUGACCUGAUUCUAUACCUCAGGAGGCCGAGUCAUCUCAGGAUCAAAGGCAUGAAGAAUUCCUGCAACGACAUUAAGCUUCCACCGGGCAAAUCUGCAGUCGACGUCACCGGUGACUUCCUUGAGCUAGCUUGGAAGGACCUUGUGACAGUCCUCGCGAGUCGCAAUUCCAUUGAAUGGUCUGCCUUGAAGAAUGGCGCAGAUGUUGUGAUUGUGUUGAGCCAUCCAAAUGGAUGGGAGGUGCGUGCACGUUGGCACUUGCAAACGGUUCGCUUUUUGUCCUGACUCCAAACUCCUGCAGACCUCCCAGCCAAUUGCGUUGAGGACCGCUUUCGAGCGUGCAUGUAUCCAGACCGCGCCUCAACAGCAAGUGGAUCUUCGCUUCACAACAGAAGGCCAGGCUGGCAUUCACUAUAUUGCCGACCAGCUCGAGGACGGAGACGUUACGAUUGUUGUGGAUGCAGGAGGUGGGACGAUAGAUAUCUCGUGAGUAGAUGGCUAGUCGUUCUUCUCGGAAAGUGACGGAUUAAGCGCCAUCUGCUUUGGGCCUCCAGAGUCUACCAUUGUACCAAAGGCAUGUAUCGCGAAGUCGCGCUGCCCAGCUGUCUUUACGCUGGGUCCACUCUACUUGAUGGCGCCGCAAAGAUUAUUAUCGACGAAGUUAUUACCGACAACAUGUUGCGACAGAAGGCUUACUAUGAGUGGGCUGCAGUGAAGUUGCUCCUGUGCGACAAGGCCAGGGAUGUCUACCUCAAUCUCUACAUAAACGAAGACUGUACACCACCUCCGGAGGGCGAUGCACCGGGCCAGUUUGCUUAUGUGAGAGACGGCGAGCUUGUCAUCACCAAGUGAGUCACAAGUUCCAAGCAUGCGCGAUGCUCAGAAUGCUCAAGAUUUGCUGCCGUCUUACUUCCUUUGUUCUUUCAUUCGCAGAGCUGGCAUCCAGGAAAUCUACAAGACAGCUAUCGACGGCACUGUUUCGAGCAUCUUAGAGAAGGUCGAACACUGCUUCAAGUCGGAGAAGUUGCGCGUGAAUAAGGUUGCAUUCCUCGGAGGUCUGGGCGAGUCACUUUAAUAUCGCAAAGAGGUCAGUCAAAGUUAGAAAUCAGGCACUGUCUUUGCUUUGCGACCGAACCUCGCUGAUUGUGACCGCUAUGAUUAGGUCCAAGAUCGAGUACUCAAGAGAGGCAAGGAGGACCAGAAGGGCUUGAGUGCGCUCGUCCGAAACAUCCAAUUCACCAAAGCUGACGAAGAAGGGCAGAAAGCGGUUGCUCUGGGCGCUGCUCGGGGAGCCGCCAGAAACCUCAUUGACACGUGAGGCGUAGAGUCCUGGAAGCUACGAGGCGCCAAGCCUGACUGACCGGAUUCGUGCGCUUCGACCUGCCCUGCAGCCACAUUGCACCGAUUCAUCUUGGAAUUAAGGUCAAGCAAGAGUACGACCCGGUCAAUCCGGAGCACUUGGCACGAAAGGCCAAGAAGUAUGUUGACGAAAUCACCGGCAAAUGGGUUCUCGACGAUAUGUUUGCAGUUCUUGUCAGCAAGGUCAGUGAACACAUAAACUUUGCUGCCAACAUUGCAUAAUGCCGUUGGUGACAGUGUGCUUUUUGACAGGGUGCAAAAGGAGCUGAGGAUGCAGGUCCAUUGGAAGAUUUUACAAUCACUACAUGGACAUCAGGCCUGGCUUGCACUAGAGAUGAGGUGUAUAUCUUUCGAGGACGCAAGUGCCCCAAGUGGAUGGGUGACAAGGGAUUGUGAGGAUCGUGGCAGCCAAUGCCAAAGCACAAUACAAGUCCGCUGCUGUGCUCAUGUUUUCGAAUCACACCGCAAAAGCGAAAGGAUACAAGAGCUCAAGAUUGAUCUGGCUAAGCAAGGCUUCUCUUGCGAGGCAAAGCGCAACAAGAGCGGGCAAGAGAUCUUCGAGUGGAAAUACUGGCUCCAAUUCCGUGCAUAUGGGCCAGAGCUUGAGACGGUCUGCACACAAGCAGACAAGAGGUUCGUAAGCAAGACCACCCAGUCCAGACACCACAUUGACACGAUCUUUACGGCCCGCAGCGUUGUUGUUCGAGCGAAUCAUCCUGGUCUUGUUGCUGCUACACAGCAAUCGACCAAAGUAGGGCCCGCCGGGGCAAGAAAGCGUCUUCGUGCCCACUGA